UCUCAACUCUCGGCCGCGAGAAUUGGAUCCUUCUGUCGCGAGAUCUUCCCUGUACCGGGCGGUUCGCGGUGGCCGUUGGGGUGGGUGACGGGUCAUAGUUCUGUUGCGGCUUUUGAGACGUUUGGGUCCUGCCCGUAGGAACUAAGAUCGGGCACCAGCGCCAUGGAGUACCUGGAGGACUCCGCCGAGCGCACCCCCGGACACAUCUUGUGCUGCGAAUGUGGUGUUGUAAUUAGUCCAAAUCCAGCCAACAUUUGUGUGGCCUGUCUGCGAAGUAAAGUAGACAUCAGCCAAGGCAUCCCGAAACAGGUCUCUGUAUCUUUCUGCAAACAAUGCCAAAGAUAUUUCCAGCCACCAGGAACUUGGAUACAAUGUGCAUUAGAAUCCAGGGAACUUCUUGCUUUGUGUUUGAAAAAAAUCAAAGCCCCUCUGAGUAAGGUUCGGCUUGUAGAUGCAGGCUUUGUUUGGACUGAGCCCCAUUCUAAGAGACUUAAAGUUAAACUAACUGUUCAGAAAGAGGUGAUGAAUGGUGCUAUCCUUCAGCAAGUAUUCGUGGUGGAUUAUGUUGUUCAGCCCCAGAUGUGUGGAGAUUGCCAUAGAGUAGAAGCUAAGGAUUUCUGGAAGGCUGUGGUUCAAGUUAGGCAAAAGACUUUGCACAAAAAAACUUUCUACUAUCUGGAACAGUUAAUUUUGAAAUAUGGAAUGCAUCAGAAUACACUUCGUAUCAAAGAAAUUCAUGAUGGACUGGAUUUCUAUUAUUCUUCAAAGCAGCACGCUCAGAAGAUGGUAGAAUUUCUUCAAUGUACAGUUCCCUGUAGAUACAAAGCCUCACAGAGACUGAUCUCUCAAGAUAUCCAUAGUAACACAUACAAUUACAAAAGCACUUUUUCUAUGGAAAUUGUUCCAAUAUGCAAGGAUAAUGUUGUUUGUCUGUCUCCAAAACUGGCGCAAAGCCUGGGAAAUAUGAACCAGAUUUGUGUGUGUAUUCGCGUAACCAGUGCCAUCCAUCUCAUAGAUCCCAAUACCCUACAAGUGGCAGAUAUUGAUGGGAGCACUUUCUGGAGUCACCCUUUCAAUAGUUUAUGCCAUCCCAAACAGCUAGAGGAGUUUAUCGUAAUGGAAUGCAGCAUAGUCCAAGAUCUAAAACGCAAAGCAGGUGCCGGAAUGAUAUCAAAAAAGCAUACCCUUGGGGAAGUCUGGGUACAGAAAACAUCUGAAAUGGAUACAGAUAAACAGUAUUUUUGUCGCACUCAUUUGGGACAUCUUCUGAAUCCCGGGGACCUGGUAUUGGGGUUUGAUUUGGCAAAUUGUAACGUAAAUGAUGAACAUGUCAACAAAAUGAACUCCGAUAGAGUCCCAGAUGUGGUAUUAAUCAAGAAGAGCUAUGACCGUACCAAACGUCAGCGUCGUAGAAACUGGAAACUGAAAGAGCUUGCAAGAGAUAAAGAAAACAUGGACACAGAUGAUGAAAGGCAAUACCAAGAUUUCCUUGAAGAUCUUGAAGAAGAUGAGGCAAUUAGAAAAAAUGUAAACAUUUACAGAGAUUCCACCAUUCCUGUGGAAAGUGACACAGAUGAUGAGGGAGCACCUCGAAUUAGUCUGGCUGAGAUGCUUGAAGACCUUCACAUUUCUCAAGAUGCUACGGGGGAAGAAGGUGCCUCGAUGAUGACAUAAUGAGAUAAUGUUGUGGAUGGUUUCCAUAUCUGUAGGCUCAGGAUGUUGGAUAAAAGAACCUUUUCUAUUUCAUUUAUGCCUUCAUACUUAGAGAGGAGAAACUUAGUUUUAAACCUAAAUAAAUAGGACUAUUUUGAUUGCCCUCUCAAAGCAUUGAAAAAGAUGGAUGGCUUAGAAAUUUUAGAUAAAAGAUUAUGGAGAAUACUCCUAUUACUGAUAUUUAGGCUAUUUUACCUGUAGGAUUUGAUUGGUUCACUUUUUUUCUUACACAGUAUUUUUACAUAACAAUUGCGCUGGGUUUAAAAGCUUAAAAGUUGUGAUUCCUUGGAGGUUACCUAAGUCUGAAAGCAUAAAGCAAGCUUUUACAUUCUUUUUAUAUUGAUUGCUUUAGUAAAAGAGCAUAUGAUGAAACAUUUUUAAUAUGAACUUGUUAUGCACUUUGAUCCACUUUAGAUCAGUUUUAUGUUUUUGGGGUAGGGAAGUUGGGGUUCAGUUUAUCACUGGACAUUCAGGAGGAAAGUAAUCAUUUUUAUUAACACCUUUAAAAGUUGAUAAAUUGACCUGGCAGUUUAUUAGAAGAAAAUAUAUUUAAAUUAUUUGUGGAUUUGUAGCAAACAUAGACUAAUUAUUUAAAGGUUCAAUAACAAUUACCUUUGUUAUUUUUCCCUAUGCCAUCAGCUUAGGGCAGUAGUUGCUUAUGUCAUUGAAAUGUCUUCCUUUCAUUUCAAAGAUUUUGCUUUUAAAAUUUUGGUUUACAAAUUGAGAGGGAAGGGAUUCUCUCUCUAUAAGUUUCUAUCAUUGAACACAUAACCAUCACAAAGAAUAUUAGAAGUCAGCUUAUAGAUGAUGAAGUAGUAAGAAUGAUCUUCAUGCUUUAUAAAACCAUGAAUCAGAUUUGAAUGAGGAACGCCUUCCACAUCCUUGAAAGAAAAGAGCUGGCUGGGGUUUUGAAGUGUUCUCAGAAUGAAAUGGUAAGAUCCUGUUUUUGUAAGCGAGAUCAUACUUACUAAAUAUGCCAGUCUAAGCGCUAAUUUAAAAAUUCUAGGUAUACCACGAACAAAGGAAAUUGAGUAAGUGCUGAAUGGAACAUUUUCCUUUUUUUUUUUAAAGAUCGAACUUCUUAAUUCUGAAAUUAUGAAUAAAGGCCUAACUUUCUGUAUGGCUUGUUUUCUGUUUCCAUAUUUAAAGUUUUCACUUGUGGUCUGUGUUUACUUGUUCUAUGUAAAGACUUUAAAAAGCAUGAAAAUAAAAACAUUUUCCCCUUC